UGCUGUGCCCGGCUGGCCGCGGAGGGAUGCUUUCCAAAAAGCUGCAACGCCGCGGGGCGACGAGGAUGGGCAGCAGCGGGCAGCUCUGGCCUCACGGUGCCUUUAAGAGCAGGGAGCGGUGUCCCGGCGCCACCUAAAAAUAGUGUGUCCCUCCCCGUCCCGGCUUGGAUCCCGUGUCGCUCCGGGGUGUCCCUCCCCAGGGCCGGGACCGCCGCCACUUCCCCCCGGCAGGCCGGCCGGAGGGCUGCAGAGCCCGGGUGAGAGCGGGAGGGAGCGAACCGGAGCGGGGCUCAGCCUUGUCCCAAAACCACCACACGCCCCCGAAGAAUCGGUGGCAGCCUCGGCAGAGCAGCUCGGAGCGUGGGGAGGAGAAAUCACGGCCACCCGUGGAAGCGGAAGUGAGGGGCUCCAGGGAGCACUUCUGCCCCUGCUGGUGCCUGUAAAUUAGGCGCUGGGAAGGCGCGGUUGUGCCGGGGGAGCGGGGAGAGGGGCCUGUCGUCGCCUUUUCCUGGCAGGGACAUCCUCCCACGCUCUGCUCGGGCUCUGUCUGCCGGCAAGUCCCCGCGGCCAUCCCCAGCACCAUGGUGAGGAACGUGGACGACUUUGACUUCUGCCUGCCCUCGCACGCCCAGGGCGUGCUGGAGGGGCUGCAGCAACUGCGUGCCAACCCCAAACUGUCGGAUGUGACACUGGUGGCAGGCGGGCGGGAAUUCUCUUGCCAUCGAGGCGUCCUGGCCCUCUGCAGCCACUACUUCCACGCCAUGUUCUCCGGUGAUUUUGCCGAGAGCAUCGCAGCACGGGUCGAGCUGAAGGAGGUGGACCCUGGAGCGCUGGAGAUGCUGCUCGACUUCGCCUAUACGGGGAAGGUCACCAUCAACCAGGGCAACGUGGAGGGGCUGAUGCGGACUUCAAGCCAGCUCCACUUUCCCACUAUCCAGAAGGUCUGCAGCCGCUACCUCCGGCAGCAGAUGGAUGCCACCAACUGCCUAGGUAUCUGCGAGUUUGGUGAGAGCCACGGCUGCCCCGAGGUCUCCUCCAAGGCCUGGUCUUUCUUGCAGGAGAACUUUGAAGCCGUCUCUCAGCAGGAGGAGUUUCUCCAGCUCUCCAAGGAGAGGUUGACCAUCUACCUCUCCAAUGACCAGCUGCAGGUGCAGGAGGAGCAGAGCCUGGCUGAGGCUGUGCUGCGCUGGGUACGCCAUGACCCAGGGUCCCGAGCCCAGUUCCUGCCUGAGCUGCUGGAGCUGGCCCACCUCAUCUCACUGCCUGACCAGUACCUGCAGAACCUGCUUGCCACCGAGCCCCUCAUCCGUGACUCAGAUGCCAGCAAGGCCCUCGUCACCCGAUCCCGUGCCACAGGGCAGAGUGAUGCCAGUGCCCAGAAGAACCCCCUAACCCCACCGCAGAAGCUGGAGGAGGUGCUGGUGGUGGUCGGCGGCCGCGUGCUGGAAGAGAACGAGGAUGAGGAUGGGGGGGUGGAUAUGCCGGUUGCCCCCAGGAAUUUCGCUUUCUACAAUCCCAAAAGCAGGCGAUGGAUGGCUCUGCCCGACUUCCCUGAUUACAACAAAUGGGGCUUUUCCCUGGUGGCUCUGAACAACGAUGUGUACGUCACAGGCGGCUCCCGGGGGUCCCAGAACGACACAUGGUCGACGACCCAGGCCUGGUGCUUCUGCCCCAGGGAUGGUGCCUGGAAUCCCAUUGCUUCCAUGCUGAAAGCCCGGACAAACCACACCAGCGCCGUCCUCAAUGGUGAGAUCUACGUCAUUGGGGGGACGACAGUGGACGCAGUGGAAGUGGAGCGCUAUGACCCCUAUAACAAGAGCUGGUGCGCCAUCAGCCCAGCCCUCAAGUAUGUGAGCAAUUUUGCUGCUGCCAGCUGCUUGGGCAAGCUCUACCUGGUAGGCUCCUGUGCCGUCAAGUACAACGCUCUCACCCUGCAGUGCUACAACCCUGUCCAAGAUCUGUGGAGUGUGAUCACAUCCCCCUUCAUCCCCAAGUACCUCUCAGCCCCACGCUGUGCCACCCUGCAUGGGCUCAUCUACCUCAUCGGGGACAACACCAAGAAGGUCUACAUGUACAACCCGGAGGCCAACAUCUGGCAGAAGGUAGCAGGAUGCGGGGCCAGGUGCAGCUCCUGCACACGCUCCACGAAAACGGUGGGAUGGUGCCACUGGGCGACCGGCUCUUUGUCACUGGCGGCCACUGGAAGGGCAUGGAUGGGGACUACCGUGUGGAGAUGGAGGUGUAUGACUGCACCAAGGACCUCUGGACACGGGAGGGCUCCCUGCCCUGCCUCUGGCUCUUCCACAGCUCCUCCUCCAUUUUCAUGGACACCUCCAAGUGGACGGAGGCUUUCCAGGGUGACCAUGGGCUGUAGGAGAACCCACAGUGUUGUCUGUCACUCUGUGCAGCCGCUCUCACCUCUCUCCUCACUGCCAGUUCAGCUCUUUGGGGGUGGAGAUGAAAACCCCUCUGCCAGGCUGGCUGGGGCAUUGGGAGCAUGUUCCCCCCCCCCCCCCCCCCCUCGUGGGGUAAAGGCUUUUGCUUAUAAACAUGCUUUGGCUAAUGCUUUUGUUUUGUGUUGUUUAAAACUUGCCUUUUCCCCCCUCCAAAACCUCAAAGCUUUUAGGGUAUUUUGAGGCCUCCCAAAGUGUGGCCCAUCCUAACAGAGACUGCCCGACAUUGCUGCCUGGUGGCCAUGGCCCCUUUCCCCAUCAUGUCGACACCCAGCAUGGAGAAACCUGAGGGAGACUGGGGAAAUCUCUUCUUCCCAACACCCAAAGCUGUCAGACCCGCUCCAGCACGGGGUGGAGCACAAUGUCAGGAGAUAAAACAGCUUUUGGAUGCUUUACGUCCUCAGGUGGCAUGGCAGCCUACGGUGGGGUGCUUCAUCCUGGGUUCUCUCUCAGGAUGCACAGCACGCACCCUUGGGAAGUGACCAGGGUCAUGGUGAAGCAGCCGGCACCCUCAGUGGCUCCCGGUGCCAGGACAGAGCCGAGCGGUGCUUCCUGGCCCGUCCCCAUCUCUGCUGGGACCCGGUGGAAGAGGACACGCCAGGACGGAGCGAGCACAAGGCAACGCUUCCCUGGCGAGCAGUCCCACUACCGGCACUGGCACGUCGUAGCUCUGCCGGC